UCCACAAUGAAAUUCAUCAUCAUCAGCGCCCUUAUCGCGGUGGCUCUCGCCCGUCCUGAGCAGUACACGGACAAGUACGAUAACGUCAACGUGGAGGAGAUCCUGGGUAACAGACGGCUGCUGCUGCCAUAUAUUAAGUGUGUGCUGGAGGAGGGGAACUGCACGCCUGAUGGAAAGGAGCUAAAAGAUCACAUCCGCGACGCUCUAGAAACAGAAUGCUCUAAAUGCACGCCCACCCAGAAGGACGCGACCCGCAAGGUCAUUGCCCACCUCAUCAACCACGAGGCUGACUACUGGAAGCAGCUCUGUGCCAAAUACGACCCUCAGAACAAGUAUACUGCCAAGUAUGAGCAGGAACUACGCACUGUGGCUAAGUCUUGAUUUUCCU